AUGAGAGAGGAGAGGCAAGUGGCAUCAAAAAUGCCAUCUUUAUUUGUUAGAGAUGGCGGACGUAAAGGCGAUUAUGCGGCUAGCAAAGAGUUGAAACGAAAGCAGAAUGCCGCACAAAAAACGUCAGCGGGCAAAGGCCAAAAGAGAUCGAAACGAAACGAGGAAAUCUCAUCAGAUGAAGAUAUUUCGGCAGAUGAAGGACGACCGCCUGUAAGGCCUGGACUAGGCCCGUAUUCAGGGAUUGAAGAAAUCGAUGACGACGACCAGUUUGAGGAUGUUCAACAGACGGCUUAUAGGAAAGCAAAACAGUUGCUGGCCGAUAUUAGGGCAGAAGAGAAGACUGAGGAGGGUGAGGAAAAUGACGAAGCAGUGGCUCAUAGACUACACGAAGAGGCCUUAUCGCAUGUUGUCACUCUGCAUCGAAAGAUUGCCCAAACUGCAAAAUUAUCUGAUUCAGUGGUUCAGUACAGAGCACAUAGGUAA